UCUCCAACGCCAAAGCCUGAGCCAAACCCUGAGCCUUCUCCAACGCCAAAGCCUGAGCCAAACCCUGAGCCUUCUCCAACGCCAAACCCUGAGCCAAACCCUGAGCCUUCUCCAACGCCAAACCCUGAGCCUUCUCCAACGCCAAACCCUGAGCCAAACCCUGAGCCUUCUCCAAGGCCAAACCCUGAGCCUUCUCCAACGCCAAAUCCUGAGCCAAACCCUGAGCCUUCUCCAACGCCAAACCCUGAGCCAAACCCUGAGCCUUCUCCAACGCCAAACCCUGAGCCAAACCCUGAGCCUUCUCCAUUGCCAAAGCCUGAGCCUUCUCCAACGCCAAAGCCUGAGCCAAACCCUGAGCCUUCUCCAACGCCAAACCCUGAGCCUUCUCCAACGCCAAACCCUGAGCCAAACCCUGAGCAUGCUCCAACACCAAACCCUGAGCCUUCUCCAACGCCAAAGCCUGAGCCAAACCCUGAGCCUGAGCCUUCUCCAACGCCAAAGCCUGAGCCAAACCCUGAGCCUUCUCCAUCGCCAAACCCUGAGCCAAACCCUGAGCCUUCUCCAACGCCAAACCCUGAGCCAAACCCUGAGCCUUCUCCAACGCCAAAGCCUGAGCCAAAGCCUGAGCCUUCUCCAACGCCAAACCCUGAGCCUUCUCCAACGCCAAAGCCUGAGCCAAACCCUGAGCGUUCUCCAACGCCAGGCCCUGAGCCUUCUACAAUGCGAAACCCUGAGCCAAAGCCUGAGCCUUCUCCAACGCCAAACCCUGAGCCUUCUCCAACGCCAAACCCUGAGCCAAAGCCUGAGCCUUCUCCAAGGCCAAACCCUGAGCCUUCUCCAACGCCAAAGCCUGAGCCAAACCCUGAGCCUUCUCCAACGCCAAAGCCUGAGCCAAACCGUGAGCCUUCUCCAACGCCAAAUCCUGAGCCAAACCUUCAGCCUUCUCCAACGCCAAACCCUGAGCCUUCUCCAAUGCCAAACCCUGAGCCAAACCCU